AUGUUUCAUUUAACAUCUUCUUUUCUUAGAAGAAAUACAUGUAAUAUACAAAAAAAAUUUUCAAAUGCUUUAAUCUUGCGGGGUGCUUUUACUGGUUCUACUACAGGUUUUAGACUUCCUCUUCCACCAGAAUUCUCGCAAAUUGAAGAUGCCAUAGAAAUCUUUAAACCUUGUGAACAGCCCGCUUCAAUUUCAUAUUUCACUACAAAGCCUCACUAUAACGAUCUUCUUAUACAUCUUGACGAACUUUUUGAAACAUAUCGAAAUGCACCAAAGCUAAAACGAGAUAAAAAUUCACCAACCUUAUGGAUGCUCAAGGAUCACCUCAGUUCAGAACUGGGUUUAAAAUUAAAAUCCAACCAAUAUCGUAACAUAACUCGAAAAUUAAAUCGGUUAGAUCUUGUUGUACCUGAAACAGCACCAAAGUUACAUAGCAUUUUAGAAUUGUUUAGACGAGUUGAUUUAGAGAAAAAAAAGAAAGAGUUAGAAGCAAAUAAAGUACCUAAUCGAUAUGGAGUUUCAUAUGCUGUUGGCAGAAGGAAAGAAGCUGCUGCACAAAUAUGGAUAGUCGAAGGAGAUGGAAAAGUGUUUGUUAAUAGUGUUCCGGUAGCAGAUUAUUUCUCUUUACUGAAAGAUCGUGAAACAGUUUUAUAUCCAUUAAAUUUGACUGAUACGCUUAAUAAGUAUAAUAUAUGGACCAAAGUCAAAGGUGGUGGUACAUCUGGUCAAGCUGGAGCUAUUGCUCACGGUAUCACCAAAAAUUUGAUAAUACACGAUCCAUUCCUAAAGCCGCCAAACUCGUCACCCGAGAUAUUCGUAGAGUUGAACGUAAGAAACCUGGCCUUGCGAAGUCAAGAAAGAGAUAUACAUGGUACAUAA